CCCUGGGUCCCUGGGACCCGGAGCCGGUCGCCAAUCAUGGGGCGCUGCCACCGCCUGGUCCUGCUCCUGCCGCUGGUGCUGGUGGGGCUGAGCGCCGCCCCGGCCUGGGCAGGUGCUUCCCCUGUGGAUGUGCUCCGGGCUUUGAGGUUUCCCUCCCUCCCUGAUGGUGUCCGAAAGACUCGUGGCAUCUGUCCCACUGAUGUGGCCUACCGAGUAACCCGCCCUGCCCAGCUCAGCGCGCCCACCCGCCAGCUCUUCCCAGGAGGCUUCCCCAAAGAUUUCUCUCUGCUUGCUGCUGUCCGGACCCGCCCUGGCCUCCAGGCUCCUCUCCUGACUCUCUACAGUGCCCAGGGUGCCCGCCAGCUAGGCCUGGAGCUGGGCCAGCCCGUUCGCUUCCUGUAUGAGGACCAGAGUGGGCGGCCUCGGGCCCCGGCCCAGCCAGCGUUCAGAGGCCUCAAUCUGGCAGAUGGCAAAUGGCACCGAGUGGCUGUGGCUGUGAAGGGCCAGUCUGUCACCCUCAUAGUUGACUGCAAGAAGCGAGUCACCCGACCUCUUCCUCGAAACGCUCGCUCGGUGUUGGACACCCGUGGAGUGAUCAUAUUUGGGGCCCGUAUCCUGGAUGAAGAAGUCUUUGAGGGUGAUGUCCAGGAGCUGGUCAUCGUUCCUGGGGUGCAAACUGCUUAUGAAUCCUGUAACCGGAAGGAGCUGGAGUGUGAUGGCAGGGAGAAACCUCAGAACCAGCAGCCCCACAGAACCCAGAGAUCCCCAAAGCAGCAGCCACCACGACUUCAGAAACCACAAAAUCAGGAGCCUCAGCGUCAGCCGGUUGAGUCUCUCAACUAUGACUACGAGCCCCUCUAUUAUGAUGAGAUGACUGCAGGAACCACCCCUGAUUAUCAGGACCCCACCCCAGGUGAAGAGGAAGGAAUCUUGGAGUCAAACCCUUUGCCACCUCCUGAGGAGGAGCAGACAGAUCUCCAGGUCCCCUCCACAGCCGACAGGUUCCUGACUGAGGAAUAUGGGGAGGGUGGCACAGAUGCCCCAGCAGGGCCCUACGAUUACACCUAUGGCUAUGGGGACGAUUAUCGCCAGGAGACGGAGCUUGGCCCUGCCCUCUCUGCGGAGACAGCCCACUCAGGAGCCGCGGCCCAUGGACCCCGGGGGCUGAAGGGAGAAAAGGGGGAACCUGCAGUGCUGGAACCUGGUAUGCUAGUGGAGGGGCCGCCUGGCCCAGAAGGCCCUGCGGGGAUGACUGGUCCCCCUGGCAUUCAGGGUAACCCAGGCCCAGUUGGAGACCCUGGCGAGCGGGGCCCUCCUGGCCGAGCAGGACUUCCUGGAUCAAAUGGGGCCCCUGGUCCCCCCGGCACUUCUCUCAUGCUCCCAUUCCGGUUUGGCAGUAGUGGGGGUAGCAAAGGUCCUGUGGUGGCGGCCCAGGAAGCACAAGCACAGGCGAUUCUACAGCAGGCACGGUUGGCACUCCGAGGACCCCCUGGCCCCAUGGGAUACACAGGCCGUCCUGGACCCUUGGGAGAACCGGGGAGCCCUGGCCUGAAAGGAGAAUCUGGAGACCUAGGGCCUCAGGGCCCCAGGGGACCUCAGGGCCUCACAGGGCCCCCUGGCAAGGCUGGACGAAGAGGACGAGCAGGCGCUGAUGGAGCCCGAGGGAUGCCUGGAGAACCUGGGGUGAAGGGUGACCGAGGUUUUGAUGGACUCCCAGGGCUUCCUGGGGAGAAAGGACAAAGGGGUGAUUCCGGUGCCCAGGGCCUAUCUGGACCCCCAGGGGAAGAUGGAGAGCGGGGAGACGAUGGAGAGAUUGGGCCACGUGGGCUGCCUGGAGAGUCGGGGCCACGAGGUCUCCUUGGCCCCAAAGGCCCACCUGGAAUUCCUGGACCCCCAGGAGUGCGAGGCAUGGAUGGCCCCCAUGGUCCCAAAGGAAGUUUGGGACCCCAGGGUGAGCCAGGACCUCCUGGACAGCAGGGUACUCCUGGGACCCAGGGUCUCCCCGGGCCUCAGGGCGCCAUCGGCCCUCAUGGAGAAAAGGGCCCACGAGGGAAACCUGGACUCCCUGGCAUGCCUGGCUCUGAUGGGCCUCCGGGUCACCCCGGGAAGGAAGGCCCUCCUGGAACAAAAGGAAACCAGGGUCCAUCUGGUCCUCAGGGGCCUCUGGGCUACCCGGGACCUCGAGGUGUCAAGGGUGUGGAUGGAAUUCGGGGUCUGAAGGGCCACAAGGGUGAAAAGGGCGAGGAUGGCUUCCCCGGGUUCAAAGGUGACAUGGGCGUGAAAGGUGACAGGGGCGAGGUUGGAGUCCCUGGUUCCAGAGGAGAGGAUGGGCCUGAGGGGCCGAAGGGACGCACUGGACCCACUGGAGACCCAGGCCCCACUGGGCUCAUGGGCGAGAAGGGCAAGCUUGGAGUUCCAGGUCUUCCUGGCUACCCUGGACGCCAGGGCCCCAAGGGUUCACUGGGAUUUCCUGGCUUUCCCGGAGCCAGUGGAGAGAAGGGAGUGCGGGGCCUGUUGGGGAAGUCUGGACCUAGAGGAGAGCGGGGCCCCACGGGUCCACGGGGCCAGCGGGGACCCCGAGGCGCCACUGGAAAGUCUGGAGCAAAGGGAACAUCAGGUGGUGAUGGCCCCCAUGGACCCCCUGGAGAGCGGGGUCUCCCUGGACCUCAGGGCCCCAAUGGAUUUCCUGGCCCCAAAGGACCACCAGGCCCCCCUGGGAAGGACGGGCUGCCAGGACACCCAGGCCAGAGAGGAGAAGUGGGAUUCCAAGGGAAGACUGGCCCCCCUGGCCCUCCAGGGGUGGUGGGGUCACAGGGAGCGGCAGGAGAAAGUGGACCCAUGGGGGAGAGAGGUCACCCAGGACCCCCAGGGCCCCCCGGAGAGCAGGGGCUGACUGGAACUGCUGGAAAAGAAGGAACGAAGGGUGACCCUGGUCCCCCAGGCGCCCCAGGGAAGGAUGGUCCUGCUGGUUUGAGGGGCUUCCCAGGAGAGAGAGGCCUUCCGGGCACUGCUGGUGGAUCCGGUUUGAAGGGCAAUGAAGGUCCUGCUGGCCCCCCUGGCCCUGCAGGCUCCCCUGGGGAGCGAGGACCAGCAGGAUCGGGGGGACCCAUUGGUCUCCCAGGACGCCCAGGACCUCAGGGUCCUCCUGGGGCAGCAGGAGAAAAAGGUGUCCCGGGUGAGAAGGGCCCUAUUGGUCCCACUGGCCGUGAUGGGGUGCAGGGGCCAGUGGGCCUUCCUGGUCCUGCUGGGCCCCCAGGAGGGCCAGGAGAGGAUGGGGACAAGGGUGAAACUGGGGACCCCGGACAGAAGGGCACUAAAGGCAACAAGGGGGAGCAUGGCCCUCCUGGUCCCCCGGGCCCCAUUGGCGGUGUGGGGCAGCCUGGUGCAGCGGGAGCUGAUGGGGAGCCCGGAGCUCGGGGACCCCAAGGACACUUUGGACCUAAAGGGGAUGAAGGAACAAGAGGAUUCAAUGGGCCCCCGGGCCCCAUUGGCCUACAGGGCUUGCCAGGCCCUUCGGGGGAAAAGGGAGAAACAGGAGACGUGGGCCCUAUGGGACCACCUGGCCCCCCAGGACCUCGAGGCCCUGCAGGGCCCAAUGGAGCUGAUGGUCCACAAGGCCCUCCGGGAGGUGUUGGAAAUCUGGGUCCCCCUGGAGAGAAGGGGGAGCCUGGAGAUUCUGGAUCUCCAGGGUUGCAGGGAGAGCCAGGUGUCAAGGGUCCCCGUGGGGAACGUGGGGAGAAAGGUGAAGCUGGGCAAGCUGGAGAAGCCGGACCCCCAGGACCUAAAGGCCCCACCGGUGAUGAUGGCCCCAAAGGCAACCCUGGGCCUGUUGGCUUUCCUGGUGACCCCGGUCCCCCUGGAGAAGGUGGCCCUAGGGGCCAAGACGGUGCUAAGGGAGACCAAGGCGAGGAUGGCGAACCUGGACAGCCUGGAUCCCCCGGCCCCACUGGAGAGAAUGGUCCCCCUGGACCACUGGGAAAGCGGGGUCCUGCUGGCACGCCAGGUCCCGAGGGCCGACAAGGAGAGAAGGGCACCAAGGGGGAUCCUGGUGCUGUGGGCGCCCCAGGGAAGACAGGCGCCGUGGGACCUGCAGGCCCAGCAGGGAAGCCUGGUCCCGAUGGCCUGAGAGGGCUGCCAGGCUCAGUGGGUCAGCAAGGUCGUCCUGGAGCCACGGGCCAGGCCGGGCCCCCUGGUCCUGUGGGUCCCCCAGGGCUUCCUGGCCUUCGUGGUGAUGCUGGACCCAAGGGAGAGAAGGGUCACCCAGGUCUCAUCGGACUCAUCGGGCCCCCUGGGGAGCAGGGCGAGAAAGGGGAUCGGGGGCUUCCUGGACCCCAGGGUUCCAAUGGCCAGAAGGGAGAGACGGGUAUUCCAGGAGCAUCUGGACCCAUCGGCCCUGGAGGCCCCCCUGGCCCCCCUGGAUCUGCUGGUCCCAAAGGAGCCAAAGGAGCCACCGGCCCCGCUGGACCCAAAGGGCAGAAGGGCGUCCAGGGUCCCCCUGGACAUCCGGGCCCCCCAGGCGAGGUCAUCCAGCCCCUGCCCAUCCAGAUGCCCAAGAAGACACGGCGCUCAGUGGACGGGAGCCGCCUGAUGCAGGAAGACGAGACUGUGUUAGCUGGGGAGGCCCCAGACAGUCCAGGGGGGCUGGAGGAGAUCUUCGGCUCCCUGGACUCCCUUCGGGAGGAGAUUGAGCAGAUGAGGCGGCCUACAGGGACCCAGGACAGCCCGGGUCGCACCUGCCAGGACCUGAAGCUCUGCCACCCAGAGCUGCCCGACGGAGAGUACUGGGUGGACCCCAACCAGGGCUGUGCUCGAGACGCCUUCCGGGUGUUCUGCAACUUUACAGCAGGAGGGGAAACGUGCGUGGUCCCCAGGGAUGAUGUCACGCAGUUCUCCUACGUAGACUCAGAGGGCUCCCCCAUAGGCGUGGUCCAACUCACCUUCCUUCGGCUGCUCAGCGUCUCAGCCCACCAGGACGUCUCCUACCCUUGUUCUGGGAUGGCCCGGGAUGGGCCCCUCAGGCUCCGAGGGGCCAAUGAGGAUGAACUGAGCCCUGAGACCAGCCCCUACGUCAAGGAAUUUCGAGAUGGCUGUCAGACACAGCAGGGCCGGACGGUGUUGGAGGUUCGGACCCCAGUGCUGGAGCAGCUGCCAGUGCUGGACGCCUCCUUCUCAGACCUGGGGGCACCCCCGAGGCGGGGAGGGGUGCUGCUGGGGCCUGUCUGCUUCAUGGGCUAAGACCUGCUUCUUUGACUGUCGGAACCUGGGACCCCCAGCACCAGCUCCGUGCCCCCUCUGGAGAGGCCUCAGCAUCAAGGGGGCCUGUACCAGGUGCCAGCAGCCCUCAGUUGAGGUGCCCAGGGGUGCGGUCACAAGGGUCCCCAACACCAUAGGGGAGGGGCAGCUAUGGGUGAUCUUACCCUCCACCCAGAGCCUGUGACCUGUUAGACAGCUGCUCCCUUAUUUAAAACUCACCUCCCAAUCACCCUGGACAAAAGAGAAAGGACACUGUGUAUUUUGUAUUUAAAAAUAAUUAUAUUAAUUAUUUAAAGAGUGGAAAACAAAA